GUGAGGAUGAUGUCGAGGAUAAUCUGACAUAAACGUAGAGGCAAACAAUGAAACUGAAGAAGGAAAAGAAACAGGACGUGAUGACGAUGCAGAGACGAGGAGCAGGAAAUGAAUGAGGUCAAGCCUUGUUGAUGUUGUUAGAUUUUCUUUUUCCGGUGCACUGCAAGUUUCCAAGAAGAGAAGCAUCAAUCUCAACACCCCUGGCACAAUCAAGCUGGGAUUUUUUCAGCCUAUGUAUUACAGGUGGCGUACGUAAUUAAAAGGAGGCAAAAUAUACUCAAAACUGAGAAGCUAACGGUUUCUUCUUCGUUUCUCUCUAUUGCCAACAGAAACUUCCCGCCUUCUUCUUUUUUCCCCAAUUCUCGAGUUUCUAGGGUUUCUAGUUUCGCGCUCUCAAUGGAGGAAUCAACGGCAGCAAACGCCGCUACUCUGAGGAUGGAGUUAAAGAAGACGAUGACGGAGAUACUCGACGACGGAGGCGUAAGCGAAGAUCGCGGCGAGACUGACGGAGCCUUGGUAGCAGUUGACGAGGCGGUUAGAAUCCUGAAUCGUCUGAGGGAAGUUGAAUCGAAGAUGCCGGACUCAGCAACUUCUUCGUCUUCUCCGGCUUCUGUGCUCGAAGUGCCAAAAGAGUUCAAGUGUAUGCUCUCGCGUGCGAUCAUGAGCGAACCUGUAGUCAUUGCUUCUGGCCAGACCUACGAAAAGAGAUACAUCCAACAGUGGCUGAUGUAUAAAGUGACAUGUCCCAAGACCAAAGAAGUCCUCUCUCACCGUUUGUGGGUACCCAACCAUGUGAUCGCUGAGUUGAUUACGGAAUGGUGUCAAGUCAACAAGUACGAUUUGCCAAAACCAUCUGAUGCACCCGUUGGACUAUUCCCUGAUGACAUUGACCUAUUGCUUGAGAGGAUCUCCUCCCCCUCCUCAGUUGAAGAUAAGACAGGAGCUGCAAACGAGCUGCGACGUCAGACCAAGAGAUUUGCCGAUGUCCCGGCCUUCUUUGUCGCUGAGAUCCCUGAAUCCAUCACACGGUUGCUCACUCCGCUCUCUGCUUUGGGCGAGGACAUUGACUCGAACCCGGGCCUUCAGAAGGAUAUCAUCACCGCAUUGCUCUACAUCUCGUGUCUUGAGGAGAACAAAACAGCAGUUGCUCAGCACCCUCUUGCGAUCCCACUGCUUACGAAGUCACUGAAGCAGGGGAUUGCCAAGACACGAAGAAACUCCGCAGAGGCGUUAUGGGAACUUUCGAAACUUGAUUCUAACAAGAUCCUCAUCGGGAACUCAGAGACACUGGAGGCUUUGGUUCAUGUUAUCAAAGAGGAUCAUUUCACUGCCGCCAUAGGUGCCGCUUAUGCUGUUUUCCAACUCUGUUGCCUACCGGAGAAGAGGGACAAAGUGGUUUCAGAAGGUUUGGUUCCCGCGCUGAUCAACAGGAUUAAAGAAAGAAGCUUUGUGUAUAUCUACUUUGCUCUCUUGUCGCUUAUGACUACACAAAAAGGGGUGAUUGAAGAAAUGGAGGAUCUAGGGUUUGUCGAUGAUAUGUGCAGUAUCUUGAGGAAUACGAGUUGCUCAGUGACUGAAGAGAACGGUGUAUCGAUCGUCCUCCUUCGCAUGUGCGGUCUGAGCACGGGUGACAGAGAUAGAGAGAGGACUAGGCUGAAACUGAUCAAAGAAGAGGAGGAUAAAUACUCGACAUUUACGAAGUUUGCAACGCAAGGAUCACAACGUACAGUGGCAGAAGCAGAAGCGGUUUUGCAGUGGAUCAAGAAGUCCGGACCGUCCGGUACAGGUGCCGAGCCAUAAAGGGGGAUGAAGGGAACCACCACACUCAGGUCUUGUUGAUAAAUAAAACGAUUAGUUUUGCAAACUGACUCUUGAUUCAUGUAAAAAUUUUAGAAAGAGGGAAAAGUUGUAUAGGUUCUGUUUGAAAACGGAAAGGGCCUAAGGAGGGCCUGAGUUUGCCACUUUUAAUUGACGUCUGCUGUUUCUGUUUCA